UCAUUGGAAUUAAGGUAUCUCUUCCUACACGCAUUAACGAGUUAAUUUUCCACUUUUAACUCGAAUCUUAAUUACAAAAUGAAAAAAUAUACACGAAGAUGUCGAGGUUGAUUACAUCUCAUAAAAUACGACAUAUGUCCUUAUAAGUGUCUGUUUGUUCAUUUGCAGCGGCUCAGAAAAGUAUUUGGAUACUUGUCAUCGAAAAUUUUUACGCAUAUUUUAUGUAUUAUAUAAAACAUUUUUAAAUCUCAGAUCAUCAUGAUUAUACCAAAGUAAAAGUAAAAUUGAAAUAGAAAUUACAAGAUGUUUAUUAUGAAUAAGUAUGUAUUUAGCAAAAAAUUAAUAUACAUAUGUACGUAAUGCCAUGAAUAAUCGAUCUAAGUGCAUAAUUAGUGUCAGAGAUGUCCCAUAUCUUUAAAUAUUGAAGUUUAUUGACGUAGUGAAUGAUCAGUUGUACAGAAUAUUUUGUAGCUUUUGUGUACAUUUUCAACUUUGUUUCAAAUUUUACUAAUAUAAUUACGAUAGUAUAUCUCGCUACAGCGUUAAUGAAAUUUCAAAAUGUUUCGUAUGGCACGUAUAACAUAUUCAUAAAUGUUUUCUGUAUGUAUCCAAAUAUUUUCGCAACUCAUUCUAUUAUUCUUUGCCAUUCUCAUAAAUUCGUGGAAAUAGAUAUUAUAGACCAUAAUCGAUGAUAAAAUUUCAUUGCAUGAUGUUCGUUUCAGGUAUUAUCAUUUCUCUUUCGUUCACCGGUCAGUUUAAUUAUCUUAAUAUAGCUCUGGAACAUCAGGAAUCUUAAGCAGGCAGUUAUAAGCUAUUGUUACUUCAAUGGAUCGCGAUCGCAAGCGAAAAAUUCGUAAAAAAACUAUUAAAUUAUUAUUUUAGUACAAUAUAGAAUUUACAUUUUCCAGUAGGAAAAAAGAAAGAAAAAAGAAAAGAAUAUCGAAUGAACGAUUGCCAUGUUGCCUUCAAACACGUAUACCGUUUGAAGUUAUUUGUAGAAAGAUAAAUGCUGCGGAUUAUCUACAAGUUUAUGUAAUACUAGAUAUUUAAAUUUGGUCUUAAAACCAUAUUUCUGUUGUUAUAACAUACCGAACAUCCUAACGUACUAUAUCGUUAGCUAAGCGAGUCAUUGAACCGUCGUCAGCGUCGUAUAUUGCCCGCAGUUACUUAACGUGUUGCAGUAGAAAAUCGGCGUUUGCCGCGGCAAGAGUACAGCUUUUUGACAAAAAUUCUAAUCGACAAAUUGUGACAAAGCGCAACAUUCACAAACGACGCCAAGAUAAUAAUCAUCGAAUUAAUUGAAUUUAUGGAUCUCGAUGAAGUGAUCUGUGAAUUUCCUCUCACGGAACAAUCUAAACGAGAAUUGUAGCAUUGUUUUGAAGUCUUGGUUCGGUGAGAAAAAGAGCCACGCGGUCUCCCUCCACACGGAAAAUGGGUGGUCUUAUUGAAUUUUUCCUUUUUUUCGGAGUCCUCUUCUAUUUCUUCAACUUCGGGGCUUCCAGUAUGAUCGAUAUAGUUGCAACACGUUUGCAAGAAGUGUAUGCAAAAUGGAACCGCAGAACGGAGAUAAAGCGAGACCCAGAAUCGAGUACAGCUCGGUUUUCAAUAAAAGAACUUCGGCGAACUGGUCAACAAAUGUAUAAAAAAAAGUUACAAGACAAGGAACAAGCAAGAAAAGUUCGGGAAACUUCUUUAUUUCAAAUCAAAGAGUCUGAACCAUUAAUCCCUACUGUUGCAGAGAGCUCUUUAUUUCUACACUAUUGCUGCAGCAAUUGCACUCCGUCAUCUAGAAAUUCAUUAGUAAAUAUUGUUAGUAAGCAAUAUGCGCCUUUUGGUACAAAUGUUCUAUUAAUGGAGUCACAUCAAUCGCUAUUCCAUAGAAUAUUACCUCGUGCGAUACGCGUUUGUUCUUUUAAAGAACACGAUUAUUCAAGGGAUUCAAUCCUAGAGAGUGAUAAUUUAAAAGAAGCAACAAAACUGGUUGCUUCUGAAAUAAUUAAGGAUGAGGGUUGUAGUGAAACAGUUGCCCUGGAAAAAGCAAAAGAGAGAGCCAAGACCAUACUAACACAAAUGGAAAGCAAACCAAACAAUCUUUUCAUUAGACUUACAGCAUGGAUUACUUAUGUACUGUUCCCAUGUUUUAUACAAUCUGUUAUAAUAUUACCAUCUCAAAUAGAAAUGUUAAAGAAAGCAAAUGAGACUGGUCUUCCUGUGAUAUUACUUCCUUUACAUCGUAGUCAUAUGGAUUAUUCUAUAAUUACCUUCCUUCAUGUAAUGUAUGGUAUUAAAUGUCCAUUAAUUGCAGCUGGGGAUAAUUUAAAAAUACCAUUUUUUGGGAAGCUUUUGCGAGGUUUGGGCGCAUUCUUUAUAAAACGUCGAAUUGAUCCUGUCAUAGGCCGCAAAGAUAUUCUUUAUCGUGCCAUUCUUCAGACAUACAUAGUGCAAAAAUUAAAAGAGGGUCAUAUUAUAGAAUUCUUUUUAGAAGGUACACGUACAAGAACUGGUAAACCAUGCAUGCCAAAAGGUGGCAUUUUGAGUGUCAUUCUUGAUGCAUACAUGGAGGGGAUUAUUGAAGAUGCAAUGAUAGUACCUGUCGUACCAAAUUAUGAACGUCUUAUUGAUGGGAAUUUUGUUCAAGAGCAUCUAGGUCAACCAAAGAGGAAAGAAACAUUUAUAUCUACAAUGAAAGCCAUGUUUUCUACUUUAUUAACAAAUUAUGGAGUUAUGAAAGUUGAUAUUUGUCAACCCUUCUCACUUAAGGAAAUGUUAAAGUCUUUCCAAAAUCAAUCAAAAUUGAAUGGAGUAAAAACACUUCCUGUUGAAAAGCCUUUAAAGUCUACAGUAUCUAGCUCAUCGCUAUAUGGUACAGAUGUAGUUGCAGAAGAAUACCGUCAACUAGUUGACAGUCUUGCGCGGCAUGUUGUGUAUAAUUGUAGUCAUGCAAUGCCAGUAAUGUCGACUAACGUUGUUGCAUUCAUCCUUCUAUAUAUAUUUCGAGAUGGUUGUACCUUGGAUGAAUUAGUUGAAGCAUUUGAUUUCAUAAAACAGCAGAUAGAACGUCAUACUAAAAACAUUGCAUUUUGUGGAGAAACUAUUGAUAUCGUAAAUCAUGCUUUAGACAUCUUAGGUCCAGAUUUAGUAAAACUAGAAAAUCAAAAAAUUAUAGAAACAGCUGAUAGUCAGCUAACUCAAUCAAAAUUCGUUACCGUAAUCCGUCCUAUGUCGUUUCUACCAAAUGUAAUCGAACUAUCUUAUUAUAGUAAUACAGUGGUAACAUUUUUUGCUGUGGAUAGCAUAGUGGUAACAGCUUUGUAUGCUGAAUUACAAUCACAAAUCAAUGAUCCUAUAGCUAUUGCUCAAAACAAUAUUAUAGUGUCCCAAGAUCUUUUGGUAGAAAAAUCACUUAAACUUUGUGAUAUUUUUAAAUACGAAUUUAUUUUCUGCAAGCCAUGUCAGGAAUUAGAACGCGUCAUUUUAGACACUGUAAUAAAUCUCUCACAUAAAGAGGUUAUUAUUUUACAAGAGGAAUCUUAUUUAGAAGAAGAACUAUGGAGUAAAAGAUUUGCAAAAAAUUUUGAUGAUAGUUCAGAUGAAGAAUAUCGUAAUAAGAAUAGCUCUAAAAGUAUUCGGUACAAAUUAAACUUAAUAUCGGAAUAUGCAAAACAUACGGAAUAUCUUCACACAAUGUUGCAACCUUUAGUAGAUGUUUAUACUUUUACUAUUUUGUCUCUUAAAGGAUUAGUAGGUCAAUCGCUAAGCGAGAAAGAUUUAAUUCAACAUAUUUUAAAUGACAUAAAGACGAAUGUAGAUAAUGGCAUAAUAAAAUACAGUGAAUGUAUAUCUAUUGAUUCGAUAAAGAAUGCCCUCAAAUUAUUUGAAAAAUGGAAUAUCUUAGAAUGUUAUCCACAAGAAAAUGUUAAAAUUUUCUACCUGAAAGAUGAAUAUGAUACAGACUCAGCUGUAAUGAAAAUCUAUGAUACAAUAGCAGCUUUCAGAUGGACUAAAAAUAUAAAUGAAAACAAAAAGAUGAUUUUGAAUUAAUGUCUAUAAUGUACUACUUUUUUAUAUCAACGAAUAACUUGCUAUGAAAAACUUUGUAAAUAAUGGUUUACAAAUAAGAAGUAUCACUUAACACGUUUGUUUCUAUAGUGCAUUAGAACAAAACAUCCAUCACUGAUCAAUAAUUGCGAAUUUUUUCAUCCAAGCAUGCUAAGUAUAAUAUAUCUAUUAAGUUGUCCGAAAAGUUCCUUUAGUUUCAUAAGGUGAUAAUAGAUGAGUAAUAAUUCUGAGAUAAUUUCUGUUUUAUAUUAUUUUAUUGAAUUAGGUAUGAUCCAUUUCGUUAUAUUUCUAUUAUGUUCGUGCAUAAUUCAAUAAACUAAUAUAAAACAAAAAACAUUGUGUGUCUAAAUUUCCUUAUAAAACGAAAGAAACUUUUCGUACAACCUAAUAUUUAUCCCACAUGUUAAGAUUAUAUCUAAAUUAACACAUACAUAUAUGAUACUGACAGCAAACGUGUUAAUCCCUUUAUACAUUAAAAAAUGUAGGUUAAAUAUUUAUUGCUCUGCGUAAAUAGUUCUAAAAUUUAUAGCAGAAACAGAGAAAGUUUAGAUUUGGGUUAUUAACUAUAUGUAAGAAUUCAAUAGCAGAAUGGCUAAUGUGAUAUUACAAUAUAUUAAACAUAUUAGAUUUAUUUCGUUAAUAAAGUAAUCUUAUGUACUAUUAAAUUCAGUGCUAAUAAC